UCUUCAGCUUCUACAACUCCACACUCCACGACUUCUAUACCCGAGCCUUGAGGCGAGCCGGGGGGAAUGUUCCUCCUCAAGGGACCUAGCUUCAUCAGCGCUGAUUACAUGGCCACAUGCGAUCCGGCCAACAUCAACCACAUCUUCAACAAGAACGCCGCCAACUACGAAAAGGGCCAGGUUUUCAAGGCCAUAAUGGAGCCUUUGGGAGAUGGAAUCUUUAAUGUCGACGGGGACUCGUGGAAGUUCCAGAGGAGGCUCUUUCAUUCUUUGUUGAACGACCCCGAGUUCGAGGGUCAUGCCGUGCAGAGCCUGACAGAGAAGAUGAGGGACACCCUUAUGCCGAUCCUCGACAGAGCAGACAAGACCGAGUUGGUGGUGGACCUACAGGACGUGUUUAAGAGGUUCUUGUUUGACAACAUGUGCCUGUUGGUCUUCGGAUUCGACCCCCAAUACCUCUCUGUUAGCGGAUCACUCCUUGACAGUGCAUGUGUGGCAAGGCAUUCGACCAACUGGAGGAGGUGGUGAUCUACCGAUUCAUAGUUCCAAUGUGCGUGUGGAGGCUUCAACGCCGACUUAAGAUUGGAAUGGAGUGGAAGUUCAUUCGAGCUUGGAGCACCCUGGAUCAGUUGCUGUAUGGUAGCAUCAACAGGAAGAAGCAAGAAUUAGCGACCAAAAAUUUCGUCGACAAUGAUGUGCAUAAAAUAAACAAGAUGGAUUUGGUGACCCAAAUCUUGAUCAUGGAAGAUGAGGAUGACGGUGGUGACGAAAAAUUCAUUGAUAAAACAUCGAACAAGUUUUUGAGGGACACUGCAUUUACCUUAAUUGCAGCAGGGAGAGACACUGUCGCUGCCGCCCUUACUUGGCUGAUAUGGUGCGUGGCGAACCACCCCGUUGUUGAGAAAAGGAUUCUUGAAGAGCUGAAACAAGUGAUGGCAGUGCGACCAUCAAGUGCAAUUGAUGAUGGAGAAGAAAAAGGAGGAUUUUUUAGAAAUGACGAGUUGAACAAACUGGUGUAUCUCCAUGCAACCGUCUGUGAGACAUUGAGGUUGUAUCCACCGGUGCCAUUCGAGCACAAGUGCACCGUGGAGGCAGAUGUCCUUCCAAGCGGGCACACGGUACGUAAAGAAGAGAGGAUAAUAUUCUCCAUAUACGCUAUGGCCAGGAUGGAGGAGAUAUGGGGAGAAGACUGCUUGGAGUUCAAACCAGAGAGGUGGAUUUCUGAGAAAGGGACAAUACUACAUGUCCCGUCAUACAAGUUCAUGACCUUCUUGACUGGCACAAGGACCUGUUUAGGGAAGAAUAUGUCAUUCACGCAAGUCAAGUCCCUGGCUAGUGCUCUCCUUUGGAACUACAAGUUUGAACUCAUAAAUGAUGGUUGCUCUGUUAAGCCGGCGGUUGGCAUGGUGUUGUUCAUGAAAGAUGGGCUGAAGACGAGAGUCUCCAAGAGAGACCAUUGGUAAUAUGUUCAUGUUGCCUUCUUAAUGUAUGAUUGGUUGUUUUUGUGGUCUCGUGGAAGUGCUAAUCGUGUGAGCUCUUCUUAUUUUUAUUAUUUAUGUUGUCCAUGCGUUUUCCUAUCCAACUGGAAGGAACGAAAACCGCCAUUCUAUUCUUGUGUGUAG